GAGCCCAUCCUGAUUACCGACUACAGCCUGCGCAAGACAAACGGUACAAUCCAAAAUGUCAACUUCCACAUCCACGGCUUCCAAGCCCGCAAUGUGUCCUGCGCUGCUGGCCCCAUCAUCUCGCUUCCCAGCGAGACUGUCACCUGCGGAGCCAGCAACUACAGGUUCGUGCUGUCGCCAUUGAACGGCACGGACCCCAACCAGUAUGAUUUGAGCAUUUACCACCAGACCGGUUUUGCCUCUGGCAAGUACGCCACUGGCACCGUUCCUACCUACUGUGUUGCUGGCGGUCUCGGAUCCCAGGAUUUGCAAUGCAACCAGAUUCGUCAGCUUGGCCCUUACAAGCUU